AGCACUAUGCUAUAUCCAUAAAACACUAGUUACUCUCUACCCACUGCUUUUGUGAUCUCAACCCUAAUAUCAAAUGGAGAGGUUUCCUAUGAUGAUAGAGUUGGAUGAGCUUCCUGAACAACUUCCUCAUCCUUUCCAAAAUCUUUCUGAAUCGCCACCACUCAUUGAAUUCUCCGGCGGAAGCUCCAUCAUCAACCACCUCACACCACCACCAAAACCCCUAAACAUUUACCGUUAUCCACCUUCUUUAGUUAUGCAAUCACAACCAUUCCAACGAGCGAAACCGGACUCCGUGGAGGCUAUGAGAGAAAUGAUAUUCCGGAUGGCAGCUUUGCAGCCGGUGCAGAUAGACCCGGAGUCCAUCAAGCCACUAAAGAGACGGAAUGUUAAGAUAUCAAAGGACCCUCAAACGGUGGCCGCGAGGCACCGAAGGGAGCGAAUCAGCGAGCGGAUUCGGAUACUACAAAGAUUAGUUCCCGGAGGUACUAAAAUGGACACAGCUUCUAUGUUGGAUGAGGCUGCUCAUUACAUGAAGUUCUUGAAAAAACAAGUGCAAUCUUUGGAACAAGCUGCCACGGCCUCCGGUGGCGGUAUGGCUACGAAAACAUCACCACCACCGAUGGUGAACGUUGGUGGAUGCUACCCAACCGGCACCACCACCACUAUGAACCAUCAUGGUACUAAUAAUUAUUCUCAUUUGGUUAGAGCAUGUGGUCAGCCUGCUACUUAAGCCUCUAAUAUGUUAGGGUUUUAUGGUGUUGCUAAUUAUUAGGUGAUUUCUUUCUUUUACUUUUUUUUUUCUUGAUUUUACUGAUUGUGAUGGAUUUAAGUUGUAUAAACCUUUAGGUUCAACUAUGCUAGCAUUUAUAUUGGUUGUGUAAUUUAAAUCAACUAAUAUAAGCUACUUUAUUAAUAUAUUUCUUUGGUUUGCAUUUGUAA